AAUCAAUAAGAUAGCACGAAAGUUGGACUCAGCUCAGAAAUUGUUUAUAUCCGCUGCCAUCUCUCCACUUCAUCGUCUUCUCGAAUCAUCUCUCUCUCUCUCUCUCUCUACAGAAAGCCUGAAACUUCACCUCCGGCAUCCAUGUCAGCACACAGCCUAAACCUCUGCGGAGUGCUCUCCGAGACCAAGCGCAUAAUCAAUGCUCACUCCCGCCAUUUCUUGGCGCUCUCAGUUCUCUUCCUCCUCCCCCUCUCCUUCUCUCUCGUCGUCUACCCUUCCCUCUCUCACUCCCCUUCGCCCCUCUCCCACUACCACCGCUCCCUCUUCUUCUUCUCCUCGCCGGACCUCCCACCCAUCGCCAGAUCCCACUUCAUCCUCGCAACUGCCUACGCCCUCUUCGUCGCCUUCUUAUCCCUCUGCGCCACCGCCUCAAUCACCCACAGCACCUUCCACGGCUUCUACGGCAGGCCGGUGAAGUUUGUUUCCUCAAUUAAGUAUGUGCUCAUAUCGUUUCUACCCCUAAUUGGAACCCUAAUUAUCAGCAAGUUCAUUAUGGGGUUAAUUGCUUUCGGAUUUGGGGGUUUUACCAUGAUGGUGUAUAAUGCCCUAGCCCUAAUUGGGGUUGAAAUCGACUAUACCAAUUUGUAUUUCUUGGGAUUUGUUGCCUUGAUCACUGCUCUGCUCUUGGGGGUGCUGAUUUACCUGCAAGUGGAGUGGUGCCUGUCGUUCGUGAUCGUCGUUGUGGAGUCGAAAUGGGGGUUUGCGGCGCUGAGGAGGAGCGCGAGCUUGGUGAGAGGGAUGAGAGGCGUGGCGCUUUGCUUGAUUCUGUUGUUUGAAUCGCUGCUUGGCUUACUGGGCUUGCUGUGCUCGACGGUGGUGCCCAGCGCGGGCGGAUUGAGCAGCAGGGACUGGAUUAGCUGGGCAUUCGUGUUUCAGGCCGUCGUCUACACGGGGUUUAUGACGAUUCUGAUGCUCUACAGUGUGGCGGCUACUGCUGUGCUGUAUAUGUAUUGCAAGGCUUUGCAGGGGGAGCUUGCCUUUGAGAUUGCGGAGGAGUUCGCGCAGGAGUAUAUCCGGCUGCCUUUCGAUGAUGGGAAGCUUUCCCACGUUGUCUACGUCGUGUAGCUGAGGGUUUAUCACUCAACUACUGCAAUCUUAUUAUGGUAUGUUUGUGAUGUUAAUACUUGCAAGGCAAUAUUUGAUUGUGAGAGUUCUGAUAAAUGAAACUAAUAAGUAAACUUCAUUAGCAUCAUCAAGGUUUAACGUGUUCAUCGCUCGUCGCUGAAUUUUUGCCACCUUAUGUUUCAGGCAAGAGGCAUGUUGCCUUGUUGAGCACCUUGACUGUGUAGAACUGAUUUUCAAUAGACAGAUGCUGAGCUCUUGGUUUUACAUAUGUUUUUCCACAUUCAUUAUGCAAAAUAUAGUUCACAUUCACAUGCUCUUGCUCA